AUGUUUGCUUAUGCGGCGAUGACCCCAUCGGUUGAAUUCGUGAACGGAAUGUCGAUUCCGAUCAUUGGUUUGGGAACCUAUGAUAUGACUGACGAUCAGUCGGUUAUGAGUCGAGUGCUGACCGAUGCCAUAGAUGUCGGUUAUAGACAUAUAGACACCGCUUAUAUCUAUCAAAACGAAGAGAUUAUCGGCAGAUCUUUGACACAA